GGUCUACCUACCUAGCUUCUGAAAAAAGUCAGCUAUCGACUGACGACCACGAGGUGAACGUCGAUGAUGACGACGCCGGCGACGGCAUUUUUGCUGGAGAGUUUGCAAUAUUCUGCGAUACGAUUAAGACGUACGCGGACGCUCGGCGCGUAUCCGUAAAAAUAUUAGCACUGGGACAUUUGCGGAUGAUUUUGUUUGCUACUAUAAACCUUAGUGUAGUUCAUGUUGUUGGUGUUUGUUUUUAAGUACGUUCAAACACAUGUACAUAAGUACUACGUAGGAACUUUUUUCCAUGGUAGCCGCAACAUUGUUAGAUUCUUUCACUGGAGUGUCUGUUAUUGCGAUAUACUUACAUAUACACACGCACACGUAUGGUGCUGGGAUGGAAACGAUUGAUUCUUGAAAUGCCUUAAAGAUUAGCUCCUCCAGUAAAUGUGAUUUAAAAGUGAAUUGUUUGGAAGAAAUAAGUGUUAAUAAAAUAUGAAAAAGUAGUGUGGGAAAAUUCUAGCGGCAGCACCCAGCGUCUUUAGAGAGAGCUGGGGACGACCGCAGUCCACUUAUAUGUUAUGUAGAGUGUUUAGUCACCGCCAGUAGCUUUAUCGCUAAAGUUCGGGACCAAGCGAAAAGAAGAAAAAAAAAAUGCGUUAUCGACAAGUCAGUCGUCGGUAUAGACGGCAGUGCUGGUGAUAUACUUACGUUCAAGAAAGUUUGUCAAAACAAAAUAUUAUUAUAAAAUUCUACACAUUUUUACAAGCAACUAAUUUGUGCGCUUGUCAAGGAAAUAUUCAAGAAAACUGAAUUCAACUGUGGUAUUUAAUUAACGUUAACGGAGACGCCCCUUCUUAGAUCUACAGUCGCUUUAUAUUUGAAGUAAACGCCCUAAAAAAAUAUAUAAAGUGCGCGGCAAAGAACUUUGAAAUUACGAAAAAUAGUUUAUUAUCAACCAGUAUCCAACUAGUUACUUUAAAACUAGUGUCACAAAACGAUUCGCCCUUUUUACGCUUUUCCACAAAAUUUAUAAACCGUUAUUUUUUACCUAGUAAUAAAAUAUAGAUAUGUGAAUAACACGAAUGACGAAGUUGGCACGCGAAUUAAAGUCAUAAAAAGCAUUUUCUUUAUUUUUUGCAUUGGUUUUUUUACAAAUAGUACGUAAAUCUUGAAUGCCUUUUAAGUUUAAGAAAAAAGCGAACCAAUAACUCACGAAAAGUAAAAGUAGAAAUUAAAAUUAAGUAAUUUUUAAUUUCGAACACGAUUAACGUAUUUUCGGUCAGUAUACGAGUUUUAUAUUAAACAAAAACAAGUUUUAUUACGAAAAUGGCAAUGCUCGAGGCGCGGCCUUAUCGGCCCUUUAAGUCGAGUGAGGAGUACUUAGAGGCGAUGAAAGAAGACUUGGCCGAGUGGUUGAGCACACUCUAUCCCGAUUUGAACAUCAAUGCGGAGAACUUUAUGGAUCGUCUAGAUACAGGAGUCGCAUUAUGCAAGCAUGCGAACUACGUACGACAAGCGGCUGAGGAUUAUUUAGCUCGCCGUCAAGCCCGCAACAAAUCGAUGACACGCUCAAUGACUUCCGGCCUGGCCGGCCCCAUUCUCGCUAUGGGUAACGUGCAUUAUUUGCCAGCAGCAAAGAGCGGAACAUUCUUUUCACGCGACAAUGUAUCAAAUUUCAUAACCUGGUGCCGAAAGAGCCUUAAGAUAAUCGAGUGCCUACUAUUCGAAACGGACGAUUUGAUAAUGCGAAAAAACGAGAAACAUGUAAUCCUUUGCCUACUUGAAGUGGCGCGUCGCGGCGCAAAGUUUGGUAUGCUCGCACCCAUGCUGGUGCAGAUGGAGCGACAAAUCGAUCGAGAAAUCGCCGCCGACAACAAAGCGAAUGGAAUUGGGUGUGGCACACAAACAGACAACGCUGAUGCGAUUGGCACCCAAACCGAGAUCGGCAUCAAUACCGAUAAUGUCGCCACUGAGACCGACAUGUUCGAUAGCGAUUCGGAGAAUGAGGAUGAUGACGAUAAUAGCCCAAUGCUAAUGUACGGACCACAGCCACAAAUUAUCACCAACGAUCUGAAGAGCCUGGAUGAGAUGGUGCGAGAUUUGGUGGAGAAAUGCACAUGCCCAUCACAGUUCCCCAUGGUGCGCGUGUCGGAGGGAAAAUACAGAAUUGGCGAUACAAAAGUGUUGAUCUUCGUACGGAUUCUACGCUCCCACGUUAUGGUACGUGUCGGCGGUGGUUGGGAUACCCUGUCUCAUUACCUGGACAAACACGACCCUUGCCGUUGUAGAGUGCAGCACCGUUCAUCUGUGGCCGCCCGCCUAAUACCACGCACAACCAAUCAAACCAAUGGUGGAAUUGAGCUGCACAAAGCGCAAGUGAUCUAUGAACGAUCGCCGCCAUCUACACGCAAAAUUAUUUCCAACUUCAACAAUCAAGCUGCGGCUUCCUCAGCCCACUCUCCAUCUGCUACUAGCAACAACUCAUGCAAUCUGUCACCAAAUUUUGGCAAUAACAACAAGCAAAACAGCCGAAGUCCCACACCACAACGCAAAUUUUUGAAUCAUCUUAACGCACCAAGUCCAGCAGAUUGCACUAAUCAAUGUAAUAAUGGCGAAAAAUUGGCUCCAACCAAUGGCACAACUGGUAGUUCGACGUUAUUCACCUCACCGAAUUUGGCACGCCGUUCUAUGUCACCCAGUCCACGACGCCUGAUCGACAUGCGUAAGAAGCAAAACUCAUUGGACUCGAGCAACGGCAGCGGUCCCAAGUCGUUGCCUAUUUGCAGUGAAACCGUUAGUAACCAUGUGCAAUUCGAUGAACUUAAUUAUACGGCUAGACAAGCAGAACAGAGUACUUCACAAACAGUUGGCGGUAACUCGGAUUGCAGCACAAACGGAAUAAGCAACAAAUUCGAAAAUAUCAGCGACAAUGGCAGCGAGAUAAGCGAUGAGGGCUACCGGAGUCUGGGCGUAAUACAAUCGAAUGCUCAAAAGCGUGAAUCACUACACAGUCAAGCUUCGGUGGAGGACGCUGAAAGCAACGCGCGUUUUGAUCAAACUUCCAGUGAUUCACAACUCUCGCCAGUCGACGACUUGACCAUAUCUAAUAAAGGAGCCGAUCUACUGGCCACAGACGAUAGCAACACUACACUAGAACUCAACAUGAAUUCGGGUCCGCAAUCGCUUCCAGCCGUUUUGACCACUUCUCCACAAAAUUCUAUCGAAAAUAGCCUAGAAAAUAACUUCGAACAAUCAGGCAUCUUCAUAACCGAUGAGGAAAUUACCGUAGACGUUGCCAGUGCCACUGGUUUGCGAAAAACGGGAUUUUCUAACAAAAUAUUCGGUGGCGAAGAUACCACAGAUAGCAGUGCUCUCACCACCAAGCAGUCAAAAGGCACAACAGACAAAACCAGCAAAAUACCACGUUCGCCAGUGGCCCAGCGCCGACGUAGCCUGGAUAACAGCAACUGCAGCAGUAGCAGCAUGUUGGACCUUUCAACACGCACCGGCUUGCCUGUAUUCCAACGUAAACAACCCGUUUACCGAUCUGUGCGUCGGCCCGCCAGUGAAAUGCACAGGAAUAGCGAUAACGCCUCCACCACGUCGUUAGCACGAAAAUCUGCAAUACCACCAGUGCGCGAGGUCACAAACACUUGGAGUGGUCGAGCUGCGGCUGGCAAAAAGCGACCAACUCUCAACGCUGACACAUUUACGCCCAAUAACGGCGCUUCAACACCACCUACCGCCAACGCCUUUGAACGUAACACACGCACGCGCUCCUCUCAUAUACUUUACGACAGCAAUGGGCGGCGCGUACGUGGCUGCACCGCCUCACUCACCACUUCACCUGUGAAAAACUACGCUACUUCGCCACUAGCGCAACAGCUACUAGAGGCGGCUAGCAGCGCUAAAAAUGAUGCGCAAAUAUUAGAAAAAAUGAAGGUAUUACUCUCGCGCUAUUCGACCAACUCUAAUAGCAAUAACGGUACGACGCCUAACGCUAGCCCCAAUUCCAAAAAUGCCGCCACCAGUAAUAAUAAAAAGCCUGUAUACGAGGAUUUCACAUCCGCUUGGGUACAUAGUAAUGGCAAUCUAGAGCGUUCCAAUAGUUGCUCGCCUCCCACAAAAACUCUCUCGAAACGCAGUUCGGCCGCUUCGUCCACGGAGAGUACACAUUCGCGAGAAGUGUCGUCGGUUAUUGUGUCGCCACGCCGCAAUCGCGGUUUGUCCAAGAUUCCAGCACCAACACGCCAACAUACCGAGCUUUACUAACACAGAAUACAAGUGCCCGGCAGGGUGCAAAUACAGCAUAGGGCAGCAAUAAUGCUACAACAACAAAAAAGACAUACAUAAAAAGUAUUUGGAUAAAAGCAAAAGUAGUUGAAGUGCGAUGGUUUGGAAGAGUGAACCUUUUUUUUCAAAGUAAUUUUUUUUGUGAAGCAGCGUGAAGAUUUAAAAGUUGAUUACGGGGAACAUUUAAUCCAAAGAAAUGUGUUAUACUUUUUAUAUUCCUUCUGAUACACCAUUUAUUUAACUGACUAAACAACUAUUUACAAUAGCAAAACCGUAAAGUGGAAAUAUACAUAUAGUAGCUUGGAAUCCUUUCUUGAGUUUGAUAUUUACGUGAAGUGAUCAACGUGUUGGCCAGAGCCCAUUGAGUGCUGAAUUAAGCCAAGCUUCUUCCAUACUCACAUGAUGCUUUGGUGAAAAGUAAUCGGACUCUGUGCAUUCAUUUGCAUUUGAGUGCUUGCAUACACAUAUGUCUUUCCUUGUAGUAAUUAAGUCGCCUCUAUACCGCUGGUAAAAUAAAGUUAAACAAAAUAUGUCACAAUUGCCUAAAAUGAAAAACUGAAAAUAUAUACAUACAUACGUAUACCAAAAAGGAUAUGUAUAUACAUAUAUACAUACAUAUGUUCCACACAGUAUUGGCCUCUGCCUCUUUCAGUCACAAUUUGACUUUGUUAGUCAACAUUAGUCUACAUCAGCGGAAAAAGUCGCACGAACUAUUGCAAUUCCACAACAUUCGUAGAAAAUAGAUAAAAAAAAACGUCGUACAUAUGUUACAAGGUUUUCGCAACAAACUUCGGCCGUUUGAAGAUUCAUUUUUGUUUUUCGUUUUUGUUUUUUGUAAGCAAUGAAUUUUCACACAACAAUCUAACAAUUAUUAAAAUAACGCAGAGAAUUGACGUUUAAAAUUAGUUAUAAUAAAUGCUGUUUAAUAAUUAUUUAUUGAACGCAAUAAUCAGAGGCUUAAUUUAUGUUUAUAAACUUAUCGUUUUCAAUACCUUAGUGUAUAAUAAUUGAGAAGUUUGUUGUGAAUUCCCCGCUAUAGUUAAACAAAAUCUAGAGCAUCGUGCCAGCCGCGUUAAACCGAAAUAAUACUCCCCUACGCAAAUGUACAAAAGCACAUAUACACACAAUACAUAUGUAUGUACAUAUGUGGAGGCAUAAAAACAAAAAUAUGUAUAUCACAAAAAAAAUAAUAAUUACAAUUUUCUUACAAUUAAUGAGAUUACUAAAUUUUAAAUAAUAACAACAAUUUUACAAAACAUUUCCAUAUUUUAAACUACAUACAACAUCACUCAUCCAUUAAGAUUCUAAAUAAAUUUAACACCAAUUAAUGUAUAUACAAAAUAAGGAAAAUCGAAAAUGUAUAAUGGUAAAGAAAACAAUCCGGACUCUAGUAACCUCAAAAUUUUACAAGGCUUUUAUAAAUUAUAGACAUUAUAAAAUAUAAGGUUAUGAAACCAUUCAAACA